AAACACCACAACCCCACGCUCGCUUUAAUCCUCACCGACGAGCUUAAUAGCUACUAGAGAGGAGUAAUUCCAACUCCGCACUCCCUGGUAUUCCCUUGAUCAGCCUUCCUCACCUUCUCCACCAAUACCUCCGACCUCCACCACUCUCUCACGAUGCUCGGCCUCGCAAAUAUGCAACCGCGGCAACUAGCCACCCAACUCCUCAACUUCGCGCUUGUCCUCUCCACCGCUUUCAUGCUAUGGAAAGGUCUUUCUGUCGUCAGCGAUUCGCCGUCACCAAUUGUUGUCGUGCUUUCUGGAUCCAUGGAGCCUGCGUUCCAGAGGGGAGAUCUACUGUUCUUAUGGAAUCGAGGGAUGGAUACACAAAUUGGGGAGGUGGUGGUGUACAAUGUGAAGGGCAAAAACAUUCCAAUUGUGCAUCGGGUGGUCAGGCGGUUUGGCGGAGGCAAAUCUCCCCUCCGACUUCUCACAAAGGGCGAUAACAACGCCGCAGACGAUACCGAGCUAUAUGCUACCGGCCAAUUGUUCCUCAACCGCCAGGAAGACGUCAUUGGCAGCGUGGUAGGGUACAUUCCAUUUGUGGGAUAUGUAACAAUUCUAUUGAGUGAAUAUCCCUGGCUGAAACAGGCGAUGCUGGGUAUUAUGGGCUUGAUGGUCGUGCUACAGCGGGAAUAGUUUGGCGAGUCUCGAGGGCUUGAGCGAUUUCUAGCUGUGAUGAUAGAAGUCAGCGAAAACAUGAGAUUCAUCCACACAACAGUCUAAAACUCGUGUUUUGGCAUAAAAGCGAGUUUUGAGCCUGUGUUUGUGUUAUCAACUGGGAUGGGUCGCGUUUGGCGUGGAAAACGUAUACGGCACAGCGUUCUAGUUCUGGACGCAGCGGGCUUA